CUGCGGAGAAGGGAGAAAAGUGGCGGGUCGGGCUGAGGUGGUUGGAAGAAGGCGUGGGCGGACGGCGGUGCACGGACCUCGCAGACCGCCCUUACCGCUGAUCUGGCCCCAAGGCCCGGCUAAUAAAUACUUAAUGUGAGGCAGAGAAGGAAGGGCUGUUUUGUGUUUCAUACUCUUAAGAAAAGGAAGUGUCAGUGCCUGAUUCAGAUCUCUUAUGAUCAAGACCUUAAUCCCUCUCCAGCUACUGGGAGGUGGCCAGGUGAACAUUCUGAAGACGAGACAUGGGGGGUAUCGUUUUCCUGUCGCCAGUUUGAAUCUGCAACAGAGUUGGGGAGAAGCUUAGAGUUCCAGUAGAGUGUUCCCAGGCUGCAGUGCUGUGAGAUGCAGAGAGCGGAGAGACCGAGGCUCUGCAGCCGUUCCAACCCACAACACCGUCCAGGAGAGAGAGGCAAGGACGAGACCUAGGUUUACUGAGCCUCCUUUUCUAUCAACGUGUUAAGAGCAGAUGCUACAUCGGUGGCAUUUUGGGAGCUUGGCAACUGAUUUUUUUCCCAGACUUGCAUUUUAUCUCAUUACAAAGGACUGAGAGUUUUCGUCCUCUUGAAUAAGAACUCGACAAUAGACUGAGAACUUUGUCUUGUGAUCGAUUGCCUGGUGAGUCAAAGCUCACACCAUGGAUUUAACCUGAGAGCUUCAACUUCUGCUUUGGCCCUGGAGUUCCUUCCCAUGCCCCGGUGUCUUCUAAUAGUUCUUAGGGUUUUGUAUCAAGAGAGGGUUCCGUUUUCUCCCGUGGGCUGGGGGAAGAGGUCAAAGUAGAACUCAGGUACCGAAUUUGAAGGGAAACCCUCAGAAAGACCUUCUGAGUGCAGAGUAGAAAACACGCCUCUCGGUCCCCGCCAAAGAGAAAGGCUUUGGCUUCUACAUUUCCAGUUUCCAUUAAGGGACUCUGGGCCUGGACAUUUCUGAAAAUUAAUGACCUGUACUGAGUAAUCCUCCUAACACACUGAUCAUCAGAAAAUUCCCUGUACUGAGUUUAGGCUUUCUGUAUUUGUCUGAAUGCCUUCAUGGGAGUGUGUGGCAGGAAGGCGGCGCUGGAGCACAGAGGACACUUGCUCGUGCGGCGCGCAGGGGGGGCCGCCGCUGCCUCCCCGCGGGAUGGCUGGCACUGUGCUCGGAGUCGGUGCGGGCGUGUUCAUCUUAGCCCUGCUGUGGGUGUCAGUGCUGCUGCUGUGUGUGCUGCUGUCCAGGGCCUCCGGGGCGGCGAGGUUCUCUGUCAUUUUUUUAUUCCUCGGUGCUGUGAUCAUCACAUCAGUUCUGUUGCUUUUCCCACGAGCUGGUGAAUUCCCAGCCCCGGAGGUGGAAGUUAAGAUUGUGGAUGACUUUUUCAUUGGCCGCUAUGUCCUGCUGGCUUUUCUUAGCGCCAUCUUCCUUGGAAGCCUCUUCUUGGUUUUAAUCCAUCAUGUUCUGGAGCCCAUCUAUGCCAAACCACUGCGCUCCUACUGACCACUCUUUGCGAAAACGAAAGCCUGUUCUCUCCUUCAUUGUGAUGACAUCGAUGAGCAGAAAGGCACUAUUCAGAGCCUUGACAGCCCUCCUGCCUUAAGACAGGAGGAGUCUCCGUCCAUCACGAAGACAAAUCUCCUGAGUCCUGGCUUCCAGAAACAGGAUUGCCAAAUUGUCCCUGUGGGGCUAGAUUCUUACCAGCUUAAGAAGGAUAUUGCUAUCUUCUUAGUACCCGUACCUUAGGAUUUCCAACUGUUUUGAAAGGGAAAUAGUAACAGUGAUCUGCUUAGAGUGGAUUUUCACUCAAGUCCUUAGUGAGUGGAUUUUGGGGAAAGGAGCACAUGGACUUCUGGUUCUUUUUGAUAAUAUAUAAAAUUCUUCAUUAUGAAGUUGCGGUCGUUUGCAAAGGAGAGGCACUCAAAUUCGAAAGGUUAUUUUAAUGUGAUAAUUUGGAAGACUUACUCAAAUGUUGGUCAUUGACUACUCUGUGCAUAUAUUUCUGCAGAGCUCUAUAAAGGCAAUGAGUGUCACUUCCCUCUGCUCUAAUAAAGCAAUAAAUAAUAGCUAAAGGGCUGACUUUCACUUUGAACUCUUGGCCACGGCUUUCUUAAUCAAGUAUCUUUAGGUUUCCUUGGGAUUAGAGAAAAGGUAUGGAAAUAUUCUUUUGUUUUGUUGUUGUUGUUGUUGUUGUUGUUGUUGUUUUUUGGUCUUGCCACGUAUCUGUAGGUUUUUUUCUUCUAUGAUGUAGUGGGCUCUGUGUGCUUUAUUUAAUUACCAUGAGUCCAUUUUGGGGUGUCUUCUCUUUUCAUCUUUGUAGCCCUUUCUCCAAAGCUAGUGAGGAAGAUAUAUUCUCAACAUUAGAUACAACUUUAUACUUAUCUCAUCUCCGAGACUAAAUGAAAUUUGCAUUAAAUGGAGGGGCUCUGGUCAGGUUCCACUUUGGAAGUCUGAUCCUGACUUCCUAGAGCCAUUUGAAAAAGAGUCUUCUGGCUUAAAAUUAAGAACCAAGAAAACAAGUUGGAAAGAGAUCACUGAUGGAGUACGUGCUCUAUGCCAGUGGCACACUAAUUCCUUUGAGGUUUAAUUUAUUUAAUUUUUACAAGUCUCAUUUUUAUCAUCCCCACUUUAAAGCAGAAGAACCGGAAGCUUAAAGAGACCAACUGACUUGCCCAAACUUCACCUGACAGCCAGUGUGCAAACCCAGGUGUGGUAGGCCUUAGGGCUUGUCUCGGAAAGAAAACACACUAGGCUUUGUGGAACUCUGAGAGCUUGAGGUAGGUUAAGGCCACGUUCCUUCACUUUCUUUCCUCAGUCCUGUUUUCAGGGUAGAGAAGGUACCCAGUCCUGCCACCCUAGAGGCAACUAAGCUCUAAAUUCCAAGAAGAAAGAACAGGUAACCAUUGAGAGUCAUGGGCUGGUGAGGGGCAGGUAUAGUUAUCCCUACAUCGAACCACUUCCUUUAUCCUACUUAGUUUGUAAAAACUUUGCAGAUAAGGCUUUGUACAGAAAACUUCAAAGGAAAUAGUUUCCUAAUCUGGCCUAGGGCACACAGGUAAGAAAAGGAGAAACAUCCUCUAAGCAGGUUGAGGGAGAGAAAAAAGAAUGCGUAAGUCUUGAGGGAAGUGAGACAAGCUGGGAUCCUCAUGCUAUUGUGUUACUCUGUGAGUCUCCCUGUAGCCCAAGUGGAAGCUUGGCUCCUAACAAACACAAGCUGCCAAUUGUUGCCUUCUUCUGAGAGCCUUGCUAAAAAAGUAACUCUGGGAAAACUCUUAUAGGUUCCUGACCAUGAAUCCACCUUUUUUAUUCCCCCCAAAAGUUAUUCAAUUAUUAGAUCAAUGGAUAAUAACUGUGAGGUUUUGGGUGACUAUCUAGAUGUAGGAAAGUAUAUUAAGGUUGGAAACUAAAUUCUAUCCUUAAUACUACUGUUUUCUAUUUUUUUUUUUUUUUUUUUUUGGCCUGAUGUAAGUGACAGGCUUAUAUGUUAAAGAUUGGCUUUAGGCAAAAAAGAAAUACUCUGUGCAAAGUUUAUUUCAGCUUGACUUGACCUACCGUCUACAGACCUGGAGUCUGUAAUUACCAGCUGUGGUGAAAUGAAUGAUAGAUUUCUUUCUACCUGCAUACUCAGUACAGUUAUGCAAAAAAUCCCCACGGGGUUGGGAUAAGACGUAGAAGGCUGAGAGGGCUCAAAAUGAAUUUCACUGAGAGUUUGGCAUGGGAUAACCCUAUAGUCAAUGUCUGUUAUGGUAUCCUGUAUGCUCGUGGCCUUCUUGGAGACAGGGCUCAGAGGUCAUUCCUUAAAUACAGACAGAAGUCAUCUUAGUGUUCAGAACCAUUCUGCGAUCAGUGGCCUUAGAGCGUGUUCCCUCCUCCACUCUUCCCUACCCAGAGGGGAUCCUGUGGUAGACUGGUGAUCCCCACUGUUUAGAAGGUGGAGAGGGAGAGUAAAUCUCGGUUUCUAUAUAAGAAAAUAGGUGAUUUCUUAGCUUCUUAAAAUUGUAUCCUGACAAAAGCUGAGUUAGCAGGACACCACCCUAUCCCCACAAUGGAAAUCACAAUGGGUAAUUUGUUGAUAAGUUCCUUAAAUUUUUCACUUAUAAAAGUGGAAGUAAAGCUACCAUUCUUUGCAUACAAUGUAAAUUUAAUGUAAAACUGCAUCAGAAUUACCAUAGCAAUGCCCAGGUACUAGAGAGUACAUAGCCAUUCAUUCUCGCAUCCUGCCGUUCAUUCAGCAUGUAGCCUGUAGGGUGUAAAGCACUAGUCCUGGUGGAGUAAGCCCAUCAGAGAACUAGGCUGUGAGGUGUCUAGACUGUCUUCCUCUCUCCGUCCUGGAAGGAGGGCAUCCAAUUUAUUUUUAAAUGUUUUUAUUCUAACAUAAAGCAAUCCAUUUUUUGUUCUGUUA